GAGAAGGCAGCAAAUGGCGGCCCGGCGGGGCGGGGCGGAGCGGAGCGGGCGGAAGGCGGGCGGUGCGGGGCGCGGGGCCGGAAGAUGGCAGAGCCGGAGACGCAGCUGCUGCUGGGCGUGGGGCUGAUCGAAAAAGACAGCAACGGAGAUGCUUUGUGGGUUUGGUGUUAUCCGUCUGUGACGGCUGAGCUGAGGGCUCUGUUGCUGCGGAAAUGCUGCCUUACGGAUGAGAGUAAACUGCUUCAUACCUUUGUGUUCGGCCAGUACAAGAGGACGUGGUUCUACAUCACCACGGUGGAAGUUCAAGACUCUCCAGCCUUGAAGAAGGUGACCCACUUCUCCAUUGUUCUGACAGCCAAAGACUUCAACCCAGAGAAAUAUGCAGCUUUCACUCGGAUACUCUGUAGAAUCUACUUGAAGUAUGGAAGUCCUGUGAAAAUGAUGGAGAGUUACAUUGCAGUCCUUACAAAGGGGGUCUGCCAAAGUGAAGAAAAUGGAUCCUUCCUCAGCAAAGACUUCGAUGCUCGGAAGGCUUACCUUGCUGGUUCCAUUAAAGAUAUAGUAUCUCAGUUUGGGAUGGAAACAGUUAUCUUAUAUACAGCACUGAUGUUAAAGAAGAGAAUUGUGGUGUACCAUCCUAGGAUAGAAGCCAUCCAGGAAUUUACCAGGACUUUGCCUGCUUUAGUGUGGCAUCGGCAGGACUGGUCAGUUCUUCAUUCCUAUGUACACCUAAAUGAAGAGGAAGUGGAAGCCUUAAAAGCCUGCACAGGUUACAUUGCUGGAUUUACAGAUUCUGAAGUGAACAGUAGACCAGACCUCUAUGAUGUGUAUGUGAAUUUGGCAGACAGUGAGAUCACCAUUUCCCCUGUAGUAAAAGAGGCAAUGACAAUGGGAAAACUUCACAAAGAAAUUGGGCAGCUAAUUGUUCAAUCUGCAGAAGAUCCAGACAAAUCAGACAGCCAAGUUAUUAAGGAUAUUUCUCUGAAGACAAAGGAAAUCUUGUCUACUUUAGCCUCACUUACUGAAGUUUCUGAUGGCAAUGAAAAACCAACCCUGAACUCUGAAGCUCUGAAACAAAAGCGAUUUCCACCAGCUACGGAAAAUUUUCUUUUUCAUUUAGCAGCUGCUGAGCAAAUGCUUAAAAUCUGAGUCUGAUGCACUUCUGGACUAUGGACCAACUCCAAAAGCUGUCUUGGAUGUACAAAUAGGAAUACCUGAUUUUUUUGUAUGGAAAAAUUAAAAGUGUAAGAGUGAAUGCCAUAUUUACCUUGAUGUAAUGCAGAAUAUUGGAGCUUGACCUGGAGCAUCCAGAGGUAUAUCUGAUAACAUUCCUGUUGUCACCUUUCCCCAACUGUAACUUUGUGUGUAUGGUUCUUGCAUUUCAUGUUACAACAUGGAUGUUUAUACACGUAGCAUGGGCUCGUGCAUCCAGGCUGUGCCAGGUGUUGUAGCAGCCGUUUGUCUUGCGUGUCCCCAGUGACAGACAGCUCUGACUUCUCUCCUUGUGUCUGGAACACAGGGUGCAGCAUGUGUGCUGUAAAGCCAGUGCGUUUUGGAUGUGCCUGUCUGCACAGGGAUGUGCUGGACACAGAGUUGUUCUGAAUGCUCAUUCUGGGCUUCCAGGUAUGUCAGGUUGUCAUACUGCCUUUGCUGUGGACUACCUGAUACCUGGAAAUCCUAAAUAAAUGGACAAGUUCUCUUCUUUCUACUUGAAAGUGUCUAGGUGUAGAAGAAGGAUGUCUGGGAAAAUCUGAUGUGGUAGCCUUAUUAUGUAAAGGAAGAGGUAUUUUAAAGCUCACACAGGAGUUGAGCACCUCUUUUGAACUCUUGCCUUACAAGUUUUUCCCCUUUCACUCCGUCCCACGCCUCUGGUGGAGGGAAAAGAGGACAGGAUUGCUAUAUGUAAACUGGGGCUUUCUGGGAGGCAGCAGACAAGUGCUGCUUUACAGCUGAAGUCAUUUUAGGAGCUGUUGGGGCUCUCUGCUGGGAAGAAUUAAAAUUUGCCUUCCUGUUUGGUUGCAUAGCUCUAACUCAGAAGUUUUGUUUGUUGUUUUUCCUUGGAGCAGCCUGAAACUAAUCUGUAACGUUCUGAGAAGAGCUUAGGUUCUGUGCAGGGGAAUGCUGUGAGCCAGGCAACCUGUCUUCCUCCAGAAAUGUCCAUAAAAAUAACUAAAUUCUGCAGUAGCACUUUGUUAUAAGAAAAAAUAACCUUUUUUUCUGGCUUUUGUACAGAUGGGCUGUAGCAUGUGGUUUUACCUAGAGAUUUUAUACUGAUAAUUAAAACUGUAGUUCUCAAUAUUUAUGUUGUUUAAGAAAUUGGAUGUUUGCUAUUCUGAAAUUGUUAGAGGUCAUCACUAACUGUGUGCAAGCAAUAUUGGUUUGGAAAAGGGUUGCCCUUUUGCUAUGUAUCAUACUGCAUUAUGAAGAUCUGUUUUAGUGUGGGUGAGGAAUGUGGCAUCUGUGUAUAAAGUGGCUGGCUGCUACAGUCAGUGAAUGGAAGUGCUUCAGAAUAAACCCCUAUUUUCAGGGGUAUCAAAUUCUACCUUAAAUACUCACUCUGUGGUUUACAUUCUGAACACAGGAGAGCAGUGUGUUUUGUUUUAUCUGAGAACGAGCUGCCUUCAUUUACCUUCAAGUGCUCUGCAGCAUUUUCCCCAUUUGGCCAUUAAGGUGGUGUGAUGGGUUUGGAUUUGUUAAUUUUUCUCUUUUUAAUGGUUCUUCAUUACUGCUGUUUCUAUUCUAGGGCUUCUAUAGCAGUUAGAACAGCACAACUGCAAAGUUACACUGAAAAUUCUCAGAAUCUGCUUUAAGGUCUGCUGAGAAAAACCUGAUUUUUUGUCAAGUCCCGUAAUGCCACAUUGUAAUUGCAGAGAAAUUCAGUUUCUUUUUACAGAAAGCCCUGCAGGUGUCCUCAGUAAGGUGGUGUGGGGUUAUGGGCAGCCACAAAAAGCAGAGAAGCUCAAACACAAAAUGAAAGUUUCUCUUUUUUGUUUUGUUUUUUUUUUUUUUUGCUUUCUUUUAAAAGCAGGAAGGCCUCAGUUUUAGAUCUUGUAUUCUAAUACUUGUGUGACACAAAUGAACUAUAAUUUUGCACUUAAAGAACUGGACUCAUAGCAUGCUUAUGCUUAUUAAAAACAACAAUCCUGACCAGCCUAGCCUUUAAUUUAUGUGAAUUUAUUUCUGAGUGCUCACAAGCUGUAGCUCUUGGUUGUGCAAUGCUGGGGUUGGAAAUGAGGCUGCUGCUUGGGUGGAAAAUGCACUACUGCUACAACUUCAAACAGUUUUAUCAUCUUCUGUUGGUUGUCCUGGUUUAAAAUAUAAAAUAAAAAGUAUUGGCUUCCCUCAGCUUCAGCACUUUGAGAGAAUAGUGCUAAUCUGCUUAGAUUUUCUUGGUAAUUGUUUCUUCCCAGGAGCACGUUGGAAUAAAACUUCAGUCUGGAAGGUCAGGGAGAAGUUUCGGCUUAUUCUGCGCUUCCCUCUGCCUAGGAUGCACACCAGCUGAGACUUGGGUGUGCUGCUUUUGGUAGGGAACAGUCAGAUGACAGUUUUACUUCCUCCUCCUAGAAGCAAAGACUGUGCAAGAUGAAACUCUCAUGCAGACCUUCUCAUCUUACUGCCUCUCUGUCCUUGGAUCAGUGUGAAAUGAUGACCGAUGGUUCCUGUUGAUUUGCUGAGAGAUGCUGCUCCCAAAGGCGUGCAGCACUUGGCCAAAAGUAAGGCUUUCUGAUUCUUGGAAGUUGCAGUGCAGUUCCUUCCUCAGGUGAGGAGGGAGAAAACGUGCUCCGUGCCUUACCCAUUGCCCUUGUGAUUUCUGUACUGUACAAUCUCAUCAGAUCUUCACUACGCUUGCAAAAACAGUGGUAGAUGGUGAACAAAGCCAAAAGCCUACAAGGGAGAGCAGGAUUAGUAACCAAUCCUUCUGGUUGCAGUUUUGCUAAUUAAGUUAGUCCUUCAAGGCAAAAUGUGUGUAAUUUCUAGUGCUGUCAUCCUUGUGGUUUUGGUUCCUGGGAUAAACUGGUUUCCAUAUUUCUUCUGCAGGCAAAUAUUAGGGGGAAUGUUCUGAACGAGAGCAAUGUAAUGCUGAGUAACCUGGGAAGGAGUGGCACAAGAUGUCUUUAGAAUUUCUGUGGAGACUCCAAAGAUGGGACCACAGUGCUUUUCUGAGCUGCACAGCGUGUGGUGUUGCUGGUAUGGAAGCAGCUGCUGAGCAGUGCAGGGUUCCCUCCUUACCUGCUUCUUUCCUUCCUCCCCUAUGACCUCCACGGAAAAGCAGCAUGGCAAUGUUACAGACUUGUAGGAUAACCACAGGGACACCAGCUCCAAAGGAGGAAAUGCUUUGAUCUCAGUAUUUCCAACAGUAGGAGUGUCUGACGUUUUAUUUCUUUGAAGCUACUUUAAAAUGACACUGAAGCCUCAUUAUAUAUUCCUGAAUUUCAGGAUGACAAGCUGGGUAGGUGGGGAACUGUCAGCAUAUUGCACUGAGACUUAGGUUUUCCUUGAAGCUGGAAGCUCCCGUCUACUCUAGUUUACCACACCUUAAACUGGUUCCACUGCUACAUUGCCACUUAAGACAGCAGCCGAUGCUGAAAGCAGGAGGCAGCAAUGCUGAAAGCAGUCUUGUGCCGGUGUGUUGUUAAUGUAUUCCAAGUCAUAAAGCUGUGGGUGCUGACUCUGUUCUUCAGUCCCUCAAAUACAAUGCACUGCUGCUUGUCCCAUCUUGGUCCCCUCGCAUACCAGGUGUCUGGUCCAGCUGCUUCUAGUCCCAGUCUCAUCAUGUUUUCAUUUCAAGAUCAAGGAAGCCAGGGCCUUGUCAGCAAUGUAUUUUGCCUACCUUGAUGUGGGAAACAGCUGAAUCACCCUGGCUGCCAAUCUAGAUGUCAGGUGCUUGCCUCUAUCUUCCAGAAAAUUCUAAUUAGGGAAAUGGAAACAUUUCUGAGAAUGAGGGAAAGAGAAGAUAUGUCUAACAACUCCAAGGGGGUUGUGUUUAAUACAGCAAACAACUUGAGCAUUCAGUAAUAAUGGGCAGCUGUAAUAACAGACGUUAUUACUGGACUUAUUCCAUAAACCUUACUCACAGAGAUGUGAUGACAUUAAUUUGCUUCCAAGUGGGGUGCCAGACAAUUUAUGGCUUGUCUAGUUACUGUGACAACCCAGCUGAUGAAUGUGUUAUCUUCAGAUUUGUAGGUUUUGCUCUAUUGUGGAUUGUUUUGCUUUUGCUUUGAUUGCAUUGUGCUUUACAGAACAACUGUUUACUUCAUCCAGUCUGACACGGAUGUUUGUUUUUAAAUGAGGGGAGGUAUGAGCUUUCCUUGGAGUAUCAAUUAAUGUUUACCAACAGUAUUAGACUCCCUCGAGGUUUGUCUUCACCAUCUUACUGAAAUGGGAUUAAUAGAGAAAUGGGAUUUUAGAGAAUUUAACUGUAGGAUAGUAGCUGUGCUAAUUAAAGAUUUUGAAGGAGACCAGCACAUCAUUGCUUGUGGGAGGCAGGCUGGACUGUAAGCCUGCUCCUAAGCCUCUGCACAACAUCCCAGAGCAGCCAGGAGGUGGUAUGCAGGGAAAAGGAACAGGACAAGCCUUUCCCUUAGUGCCUUCCCAGCUUGGGAGUGCUGAACUUGAUGCAGUCUUUUCUUCCUGCAUCUUCCUCUGGCUGCUGUUGGUGGUGACAUAUGGCCAGAAGGACCUUUGGGCUGAUCCAGAGCAACUGUUGCUGUGUUCUUGACCCAAUGGGCUUUUAUGUACCUAAAAACGUGACCCACAAGGCAAAUACUGUAUUCAGAAGCAUGAAUAUAAAGAUUUGGGUUAUUUAUUUUGGGCUUCAUGGUGCUUUUGAGUCAGUAGGUGUAAAUGAACUUCUAAGGUAUCCUUCUCUGUUAACUUGCAAAUUGUGGCCAUACCACCUUCCUGAAACAGCUUUACAGUGUGCUCCCCUGAAGUUUCAGAUCCAUAGGAUGUGUUCCUGCUCCCCUCCUUUGUUUCCUUGCCCGACCUUUCACUGGAGUUAAAUUGAGAGGGGAAGGCUCAGAAAGGCAGAACUUGCACAAAAAGCUGAAUUGAAAACUGUACUUCCUGCUUUUGUUUUGUGGCAAAAGCACAGCACCCUUGUUUUCCUGCAAGAAAGCAGGCCUACUCUUUUUCCUUACUUUGCUCUAUGCUGCUGUCUUACUGUAGGGACUAAGAGUGGGAAGCUAUUGCUUUCCUCACACCAAGAAAAGAAAUCUAAUCCUUCAGCAAUGGGAUAGCAUUUAAUGCACUCUGAGGAAGUUUACUACAAACAUUGAAGGUAGUACUUGUGAAAACAUCUGUCGAAGUGAUCAUUAAUUACAUUACUUGGUGCAUUGCUUGUCCUUGUCACGCAGAGCCUUAGGAGGAAUGCCUUAAAUUACAGCUCCCAUGACCUUAAAUCUAUUUCUGCUAUGACCCCACCCAUGGUUAUCAGCACCACUGGGUCUCUACCAGUUGUGGAGCUUUCUUCUAUUUUGUUCCCUAGGAGAACAGUCACAACAUCAAGCAGUAUAACAGCACCUGCGCUGUGUCAGACCAAGGCUGUUUUCAGACAAAUGUCUCAGCCCGGUGGCCACCAGAAGCAGACACAACAGGAAAGCAAGAGCAGGCAAACCCCUGUUACCCCUUCUGCUCUCCAGUAGUACUGGGUUUCUGAACUUUGUCUUGUUUUAGAUUAAUUUCCAUUAAUUUAAUAAUCCUCAAUGGAUUUUGUUUUCAUGGAAAUGCUUAUUUUAAACAUGAGUUCCAGUUACUUCACUUAGUGGAGUUCUGAAAUUUUAAUAGCAGGGUUUUAGGUUUAGCUUCUAACUAAAGUUUGACUUUCUGGAGCUUUUCCCUGAUAACUCAUUGCCCACUUUAAUUUCUGAGACUGUUUCCUUUAUGGAUAACCACAGAGCACUGAGCUGAAGCUUCCAUGAGUUUAUCUGCUGCUAGCCUUGAAUUCUACUCCAAGGGUCAAUGGGACAGCCUACAGCCCAGCAGUGAAGGCAGAUUACCCCUCUGCCAAACUCAUCAUCUUUCACACGUGCUUUUGGACAUGUAUUCCACCUGUUUUUAUAUCCAGCAUUGCCAGCUCUCUUUGCUAACAUCUGCUAUUGCUGCACAGAUCACCAGGCUGAUAAUCCUUAUGCUACAUCUUAAAAGACAGCUUUUUAGUUUGGAUCAGCAGCCAACCUGCAGAAAUGGAGAUCCCUCAUUGUUUGCUGUGAAGUCACAGGACUUCCCUUGGCCUUCAGUGGAAAAAAAAAACCAAACAAAUUUUAAAGCUCAGAGGGCUCAGGCCUCACAACUCCUUCAAGGAU